AGCCCUUCAUGCCCACUCAUUGACAAGCAUGAUCCUGGAUGAUGAAGGUGUUUUGGGCAGCAUUGAGAAUUCUUUCCAGAAGUUCCAUGCUUCCUUGGAUCUCCUUAAAGAUGCUGGGCUUGGGCAGCUGGCCACAAUGGCUGGUAUAGAUCAGUCAGAUUUUCAUUUACUAGGUCGUCCCCAGAUGAAUUCCACUGUUAGUAGUCCACCUAAAGAAGAAAAGAAGGCACUUGAAGAAGAAAAAUCAGAAUCAAAGCAGAGUGCCCCAGUACAAAUGCAAAAUCUCCAAUUUCAAAAAAUUACAGGUGAUGCUGGGAUUCCUUUGCCUCUCGACUCCUUCCAUGUCCCAGUCUCUAGUCAGAAAGCCUUAGAAACUUCCAAAGACAACCUGGGGGUCCCAGUCACAGAGCAGCGGCACGAGUCUUUUGAAGAUUUCAUUGCUAGAACAUGUUCUCCUUCAGCAGACAUCAUUUCUGGAACUGGAAGUCAAAGAAAAGAAGAGGAAUUAUCUAGAAAUAGCAGGUCUUCUUCAGAGAAAAUGAGCAAAGCAGGUGAAUAUACCAAAAAAUACUCUGCUAAGAAACAACCUGGGAAGGACCUGCAUUCCUGCACUGACUCACCUAAGUGA